CUUCCCGUAUUCUGGCCGGACUGAGAAGACCUGCCUGCUGCCACAGUCGCCGUAAAUGGCUUUCCCUUUCUAAAGGUUACGCGCGGCGUAGCUGUUUGCGCUCUCCGCUCAUACGAUUUGAUCAAGAAAAGGAAACGAUUAUGGACGUCUACAUUAAAUGUGGCUGCUAUUCUCGGCUUGUCCGAGUAAAUCAUGAAGACACAGUUGCAAAUGUUAAGUACAAGAUUGAAAAGAGAUUUGCAUUUAGGACGGUUAAGAGAAGAUUUGAACCUGGACUUCCGUUUCUCCUUUACCGUAUCUUGGACAAACUGUUUUUCUCCUUCGUACAGUCUGGAUCCUGUAGAAAGAGCUAUCAAGGCUUUGAAGUCUCUAUCGUAAAACCUUUUUUUGAGAUCAUUCGCAUCGCAGUGGAUGCGCAUACAUACAUUUUAGACCUCAAGCACGAAAUAGCCAGCUCGAGUGGGGUUGAAGUCAGUCGACAGAUCCUGCGAGCGGGGAGCCAAGUGAUGCGAGAUGAGAAGAUGCUGAAGGACUACGGCAUCGAGGACCAUUCCGUCCUCUGGCUGGAGUUUCAGUCAUCCAGAAAGUACAGUGUGUUAUUGGAGGGAGCCGCUGCCUUUAUCUUAGGCAUUGGGGUGUUCCUGCAACUACGUUUGUGGUUUUUUUUGUUUCCAGUGAUAGAAUGUAUAGGUGAUAUGGUGAUGUGAGAUUUUUGUUUUCCCGUAUAUAGUAUCAACUUAAAACCAAGAUGUAUGUUACAUUCAUUUAUAAUAAAUCGGUUUCUAAGAAUGAUA